AACCAAAUAAUGUAGCGCCCUGCAAUAAAUUUCCGGCAACAUGAAUUAAGAAGCGCGGGUAAACGGCAGCAAGUUGCAACGCCGGACAGACAGUUAGCGGAACUUCUUUUUUUAUCACACUUCGGAGUUGAGAGUACCAGCACCUCAACGUGUGAGAGAAAAGUUGGCAUAAAUGUCGAAAAGGGGGGGGACGGAACAGGCGCUUGCCAUAGCUAAGGGCAAGAAAAUCCGCGCUGCAGAGGACGUGCUGAAGAAGGUCAAAGCCUUGGCGGCAGAACUUAAAGGCAACAACGAAAUUGAAAAGACCCUGGGCGAAUUGAAACUGCCGUACAACUGCCGCGAGGUGGUGGACAAGGACACGGACGAGGUACUGGCGGAGAUCGAGACGGCCAUCUACGCAGUGGCUGCCAGUAUCAUGGAUGGGGAGGGCUUUAGCUUUGAUAUACCCUCCCGAGCCAAGGGGAACCAGAUGUACGUCCCCGAGCUGGACCGAAUCGUGCUACGGGAUACGGUGUCCAAGAGGCCUUUCGCAAACACCGCCACUUGCAGGAAGGCCGCCAUCACCGCCCGCAUCCUCAGCCUGGUCCACGAGCUGGUGGGCAAGAGGAUUCACGUCACCAAGCGUGACCUUUUCUACACGGACGUAAAGCUGUUCGAGGACCAGUCCCAGUCGGAUGCGGUCCUGGAUGACCUGGCGUGUAUGCUGGGUUGCACCCGCUCUAGUCUGAACGUGGUGGCUUCCGAGAAGGGGGUGGUGGUGGGUCGACUGAGUUUCCGGGAGGACGGAGACUUCAUCGACUGUCAGAGAAUGGGAGUGGGGGGGAAAGCCAUUCCGCCAAAUAUUGACAAGGUCUCGGACAUUUCCUCGGAUGCCGCCUUCAUCUUGCUGGUGGAGAAGGAUGCCGCCUUCAUGCGGCUGGCUGAGGACCGCUUCUACAACACCUACCCGUGCAUCAUCCUCACCGCCAAGGGGCAACCGGAUGUGGCUACAAGGUUGUUUUUGAAGCGCCUGAAGAGCACCCUCAAGAUCCCCGUACUGGCACUCGUCGAUUCGGAUCCGUACGGCCUCAAGAUCUUGUCCGUAUACAUGAAGGGUAGCAUGAACAUGUCGUACGACUCGUCCAACCUGACCACACCAGAUAUCAAGUGGUUGGGUGUGCGCCCCUCGGACCUGGACCGCUUCAACAUUCCGCAGCAGUGCCGACUGCCCAUGACGGAGGAGGAUAUCAAGACGGGACGGAGGCUGUUGGAAGAAGACUUCAUCCGUGCCAACCCUGAAUGGGUGAAGGAGCUGGAGCUGAUGUUGGCCACCAAGGUGAAGGCUGAGAUCCAGGCCUUGUCGUCUUUCGGUUUCCAGUACCUCACGCAAGUCUACCUGCCGCUGAAGCUGCAGGAGGGCGACUGGGUUUGAGACCUUCAAACGUAUAGCAUUGUUGUGAAAGCCAAUUCCCCGAGAACUGCCUCGCACAGACAGACUGCUUUAGCAGGGCGACAAUUAGCUUGAGACAUCGUAUCGUGGUGCAGAUCGAGAUCCUGGAUCUCGUAUCCUGGAUCCCGUGGGUUACCUGUAGGGAAGGGAGUCUCGGAUGUAGCCCAUGAUCCUGAAUCUGUGCCCUGAAUCCUGGGAUCUAGGUUACUGAGAGGCCUUAGGUCGGUUAAGGCCUCUAUUUUUAUCUUGUACAUGAACGAAUGGUGUUGUUGCUAUUCAUUGAAAGAGUAUAACGGGCCAAGAAGGAGCAGCCAUGUCAACAGGUUGACUAACUAGUCCUGCAAACGAUAAGUUGUGCACCGUCAUGAAUAAUUAAAAAUCCAGGGAGGUGUAAAAACACUGGCG